CCAAAGCCACUUCAUGGUGCGAUGGCCGACGCAUCCUCGUCUUUGCAUGGUCCAAUGACAGCAUAAACUGUUGCAAGCUCUAGCCGGGGUAUGCCGCCGCAGCAAGUUCGAAAGAGAUCAAGGUAUACCGAUAGGUCCGUUCAAAGGUGUCGGUGUACGACUGUCAUUCGUCAGCUCUCCGUACCAUGGUCUGCGGACUUGGACAAUGCACAUGAACACCGCCGUUUUCAAAAAUGUUUAUGACGGGCGCGGUGAAUGUCGAUGUGUGUCGUGUUUUCUCAUGCGAGCUAGUACUUUGCUGUCAAUUUCUCCGCGUUUGACAUGGUCUCCAUUCCAGACCAACUUUACGAAGCAAAUUCGUCGAGUGGGUCCGAUCAGUGGCAUCAAUAGUUCUCCCAUCGACAUGCAAGUGUCUUCAAAAACUCCCUUCACUCAAGCUGCUGGCAAUGCACCGUCAGCGAAUUCAGACGCCUCGACAAUUCCACAACAAAACGAGAUAAUGUGGGGGGUUGGCGAUCGUCGUGGGCCUUACAUCCUGUCUCAAAAUUAUCAGUUUUACAGCACAAGAAGUCCCGACGAUUCUAUAACCUUAGAAAAACCAGUCAACCUUUGUUCCCUGCACGACGCCAGCCAUCCAUACUCGAUCCUUCCAAUGAGUCUAAAGACAAAACACAACCUUCGUCCACCUCGGAAUGCUACUCGCUCAGCGGCAGCCAACGGAAGCAACUCCUUCUCAUGGCAUCUCGCGGGCCAAAAUGUAUUCGAUGGUCCUUCCUUGGGCGGUGGACGGAGUUCACCCGUCGUCAAGAUUGGGUGCCCCUUCAGUGCUGGCACCGUUACACGUGAAACGCCUGUAGAACCGUUUCAUUCCAUGUCCAGGGAAUGUCUUUGGAUUCGUAUGCGAAUCAUUCAGACCAAACAGAAUUAAUGUAUACAUUUUUC